UAUAAUCUCGUUAAUUCACAAUGCCGCAGAGCAUCAUCGCCAUGUUCCCCGCUAUCGUCUCCUCCUCCUCCCUAUUCCCCCUCCUUGGGUUCGUCCUCCUCAUCCUCUGCCAUUCCUCCCUCACCGGCGCCCAAAAUUUGGACCAAAUCUGCGACACGUCCGGUAGCUUUGCCGAUAACAGCACGUAUCAGUCCAACCUCAAACUCUACCUCUCCACCCUCCCCUCUAAAGGUUCAGUUUCCGGCUUCCUGAAGGAGGCAGUGGGAGAAGUCCCUGACAAAGUGUACGGCGUCUCCCUCUGCCGGGGAGAUGCCAACGCCAGCGAGUGCCGCGCCUGCCUCGACAAAGCCAGCCUAGACAUCCAACAGAUAUGCCCCUACAACAAGGGCGCCAUGAUUUACUACGACUACUGCCUCCUCCGCUUCUCCAGCCAGAACUUCCUGAACUCCACCGACAACCAGCAGGUGUCCAAGUACAACUCCAGCAGCGUCACCCAAGUUGCUCGUCUCAGCCAGCUUUUGCAUCUGCUGCUGAGCAGCGCCACCGAUUGGGCGGCGAAUUCCACCAAGAGGUUCGCCACAGGGGAGAUGAGCAACUUCACGUCGGAGUUCCCCACCAUAUAUGUGAUGGUGGAGUGCACUCCGGACCUGUCACCGAGCGACUGCAGCCAGUGCCUGCAGUCGCUGUUCGACCCACUGCCGACGGAUAUGGUGGGAAAGCAAGGAGCGAGGGUGCUCGGAGUGAGGUGCGUCAUUAGGUAUGAGUUGUCCGCCUUCUACCGAAUUCCCUCCAUGGUGAAGCUUACGGCUCCGUUGGAUGAUGCGACACAACUCCCGUCCGACGGAAGCGAAGGAAAGAAGAAGAACGCAGCAACGACAGCUUUAGCAAUCGCGAUACCUGCAUUUACAGCUCUACUUAUACUCUCCCUUAUUUACAUUUGCUACUGGAGGACGAGGAAGCGGAUAGUACAAUCAGCAUAUGAAACUGGCCCGGAGCUGAUCACUGGUGUUGAGUCACUGCUGUUUGAUCUAUCUACGCUACGACUUGCAACAGCCAACUUCUCUGAAGAGAAUAGACUUGGAGAAGGGGGUUUCGGAGCAGUCUACAAGGGACGGCUACCCGAUGGACGAGAAAUAGCAGUCAAGAAACUGUUGUACGCUGGACGAGGACUCAGAGAGCUGCAAAAUGAGCUGCUGUUGGUUGCUAAGCUCCAGCAUCGGAAUCUCGUACGACUUCUGGGAGUUUGCUUCGAGGACGAGAAGAUGAUUGUGUAUGAAUAUGUGCCCAAUAGAAGCCUGGACAAAUUUCUCUUUGAUCCUAAAAGAAGCGAACAACUACGUUGGGGAGCUCGAUACAGGAUCAUUCGUGGAAUUGCUCAAGGCCUGCUUUACCUGCACGAGGAAUCUCAGCUAAAAAUCAUACAUCGGGACUUAAAAGCCAGUAAUAUCUUGUUGGAUGCGGCUAUGAACCCAAAGAUCUCAGAUUUUGGAAUAGCAAAGCUGUUUGAUGCGGACCAAACUCAAGAUACCACGAAGCGAGUCGUGGGAACUUUUGGAUACAUGGCACCAGAGUAUGUGAAGCAUGGCAAGUUCUCGGUCAGGUCGGACGUUUUCAGUUUCGGCAUUUUGGUUUUGGAGAUUUUGACUGGAAUCAAGAACAGCAAUUCCUAUAAUUCUGAAUAUCGCGAAAGCCUUCUGAGCUAUACAUGGGAGAAAUGGCGAGGUGGAUCAGUCUUGGAGAUGGUCGAUCCAGCCUUGGAUGGUCACUACCAAGGAAGCGACCUGUUAAGAUGCAUGCAGAUCGGGCUGUUAUGUGUGCAGGAAAAUCCAAAUGAUAGACCGACGAUGUCAACAGUAAUUACGAUGCUAAACAGUGGAAUUGCCUUUCUCCAAGCACCUGGGCGACCUGCAUUUUAUGUGGAAAAGGAGGAAAAGGAGGACGUGAAUGUAGAGUUCAGUGCCAACGAUGCCAGAACUGCAAUUGUUGUAUGUGACGGAGAAAGUAAACCACUUCCGGCGUCAUCAACCCAAGUUUCAGUCACAGAACAACAGCACGACUGUGCGUCGUUCUCGAAUCUGCUUCAUUGCUUCGAGGUCAUAUCGAGCGUGUACACCAUGUCAACUCUAAAAUACCACAUUGAUUCUGAGUCAAUAAAAAGAGACGUGUUGCCAUAUUCGAUGCACCUACCGAAUACCACUAUGUUUCCCUCGAUCAGCUCCACCCAGUUUCUGCUCCUCUACCUCAUCCUCCUCUUCGUCCCCUCUCCGACCGUUGCCUUCACGUGGCAAGUUUGCAGCACAAGUGCCGGCAACUUUACUGCCAACAGCACGUAUGAGUCCAACCUCAACCUCCUCCUCUCCUCCCUCGUCUCCAACGGUUCCGCUCCUGGCUUCUUCACCGACACCAUCGGACGGAUACCCAACCAAGUUCAAGGCCUCGUCCUUUGUCGUGGUGAUACUAACGCCACCACCUGCAGCUCCUGCCUCAGCAACGGCGCGGUCGAGAUCCUCCAGCUCUGUGCCUACGACAAGGAUGCCGUGGUUUGGUAUGACGAGUGCCUCCUCCGCUUUUCCAACCUGCAGUUCCUCAGCACCUCAGACAACGACCCGACUGCUGCCUUGGAAAACGAGAUCGCCGUAAACGACGAAGCGGAUCGGUUCAACAAGGUGGUGAACGAGUUGCUCGACAGCACAGCGGAUUGGGCGGCGUAUAACUCGACGAAGAGGUACGCGACUGGGCAGGCGUUCAACGUGACGCUGGCGUUUCCAACUAUAUAUGCCCUGGCGCAAUGCACGCCGGACAUGUCGGCGAGCGACUGCAGGCAGUGUUUGGAAGGGGUGUCGCAGGGGCUCCCGAUGGCGAGAAUGGGAGCUAGGAAUCAGGGAGUGAGGUGCAAUUUAAGGUACGAGUCUAGCCUCUUCUUCCAAGGCAACCCCAUCAUACGGCUUAUUUCCCCUGCGACGAAUGCAACAACGCCUGUGGAUAAUGCCACAACUCCGGCCUCUGCUCCGGCAUCCCGGCCAUCUGUCGGUUCAACCAGCAAAGAAGGAAAAAAGAAAACAAUUCUUGCAAUUUCGAUAUCUGCAGUGAGUGCGGUGCUGCUAAUCUCCAUUAUUUACGCUUGCUUCAAGAGAUUGAGGAAGCAGACACCGAAGCAACCUUAUGCAACUGACUCGGAGGAGGCCACACAAGUCGAAUCACUACUAUUUGAUCUAUCGACACUACGAGUUGCAACAGUAAACUUCUCGGAGGAAAAUAAACUUGGUGAAGGUGGUUUCGGAGCUGUUUACAAGGGACUGCUACCAGAUGGACGAGCAAUAGCAGUAAAGCGGCUGUUGAACUCUGGGCAAGGACUUGGAGAGCUUAAAAAUGAGUUGGCUUUGGUUGCUAAGCUCCAGCACCGGAAUCUCGUAAAGCUUCUAGGAGUUUGCUUGGAGGAAGAGAAGAUGAUCGUCUAUGAAUACGUGCCUAACACGAGCCUCGACAAAUUUCUUUUUGAUCCUGCAAGAGGCGAACAACUAACUUGGGGAAUUCGAUACAAGAUCAUUUGUGGGAUCGCUAGGGGCCUGCUUUAUCUGCACGAGGAAUCUCAGCUAAAAAUCAUACAUCGAGAUCUAAAGGCCUGCAACAUCUUGUUGGAUGCAGAUAUGAACCCAAAGAUCUCAGAUUUCGGUUCAGCUAAGCUUUUCGAUGGCGAGCAAACUCAGGGCAUGACGAGUCGAGUUGUGGGAACCUUUGGAUACAUGGCACCAGAGUAUGUGAUCCAUGGCCAAUUUUCGAUCAAGUCAGAUGUGUUCAGCUUCGGUGUUCUGGUUUUGGAGAUUUUGACGGGAAGAAAAAACAGCACAGCUUGUAAUCCUGAAAACACUGAAGACCUUCUAAGCUAUACAUGGGAGAAAUGGCGAGGAGGAUCAGCCUUGGAGAUGGUAGAUCCAGCCUUGGGCAAUCAAUUCCAUGGGAGCGACCUGUUAAGAUGUAUGCAGAUUGGGCUAUUGUGUGUGCAGGAAAACCCGUUUGCCAGGCCUAGUAUGUCUACAGUCGCUGUGAUGCUAAGUAGUGCAACAGUGACUCUGCAAGCUCCUUCACAACCUGCAUUUUGUUAGAUAGGAUUUUAUUACAAAAAUAAAUCAUGAUAAGAUUAUCAUGAUUCUCUAAAUAUUUUGAUAAUAUGUUAUUAUGAUUUUAAGUCAUAAAAAUUAUGAUAACAUAUUAUUGCGAUUUCAUCAAAUAAUGAGGAUAUAAU